GUCUGCUCUCCCAAUAUUCUGUUUCUGAAGAUCUUCCUCAGGCCCGACUGUUCGUGUCUCCUGAAGUUAUCACAGAGAAAGAAUCAGUGCAGCUUCACUGUGCUGCUCAACAAUAUGUUAAAGUGUCUCAGUGUUUUUCUACCCAGAGGAAGACAAGACAAAUAUAAAACUCUCUCCAUCAUGUCGACUCUCAGUUACUGGUUCUGAACUGAUCAUGUGGACACGAAGCAGUUGUAGAUCUUCCUCAGCCCCGGGUGCGUGUGUCUCCUGAAGUUAUCACACAGAGAGGAUCAGUGCAGCUUCACUGUGCUGCUCCACACAAUGUUAAAGUGUAUCAGUGUUAUUUUUACCCAGAGAAAAACAACGCAAAUAUAAAACUCUCUUCAUCAUGUCGACUCUCAGUUACUGGUUCUGAACUGAUCAUGUGGACACGACGCAGGUCUCCUGGAACAGUUCAUAUUAUAUGUUACUACACUGUGGAUAAAUCAGGAAUUUCUUCUCCUUCUCCUCACUCUCUCCCAGCUCCAGUCACAGUGCAGAAUGAGAAAGCAAUACUUAACAUUGGCUUUACAACACCACCACCAUCCAUUAAUAAAGAAACCAGUGGUGCAGUCACUACAGAGACUCCUACAGCAGCUUCUUCGAGUAUUUCAAAUCGCCCAAGCACCACACAAGACACAACCACUAAAUCAUUGCUGAUCAUACUGUCAGUGUUCGGUGUCUGUGUUUUACUGGCUGGACUGAUGACCGUCUGUCUCUGCAUGUGCAUCAGAAAGCAGAUGACUGAGAGACGUAAACGUAAAGCGACCCACUGUGAUCACGGAGUUAUGAUGCCCAUGACUGAUAUGAAUAACUCCAACUCAGAAGCUGAUGGACUUUAUUCUGAGAUUAACCACACACCCAUUCAACCAAUGCCUUUGGACCCCAGUGGAGAUGUAGAUGUGGAUUCUCAGAAAACAGAGGACGAUGACUAUCACACGUAUUGCACGGUCGCUGACACACAAGUGACCACAAUAGACAAUGAUGCAGAGAACAUCCUGCUGCAGAUACACUGAUGUACAUCACAUCUUACUGAAUGUAAAUCACUAUGUACACUGUUAUCCGCAUGUUUUUUAUGCCUCGACACAUGAUGAAAUGAAUUAGCUUGCUUUUGUAUUUUAAAUGAAUGGACUUUUGCUGCUUUGUAACCACGAUGGCACAGAAUAACGCUUAAAGCUGAUGGUUUUACAAUUGCUUCAUGACCAAAUUUUAUCAGCAUAUUGAGAAUCUGUAUUAGGAAAUGUAGAAAAUCACGUCAGCAAUGAAUAUGAGCAAUA